AUGGCAGGAAGAGGGCGAGGGAAAUUCAAACCUUCUAUGUCUUUUAAUACAGAACAAUUAGGAUUUGCUAAAGGAGAAGUUUUACCACCUCCGGUUUUACAACCUCCACAGAAAUAUCCUUUGUUGGAAUAUAAACCGUUGACUUUUUCAAUUACCAAUGAAAUGAGUUAUUUAUUGGAAUUGAAAAGGGAUUAUACUGAAUUUUUAAGAGAAUCUCCGUAUAAUGUACAACCUAUAGAAUUGAAAAAAGAUAUUGAACGUUAUUCCGAUCGUUAUCAAGAUUUGAUGACGGAUAAAAGUGGGUACGAUACUAGAUAUGAUUGGUCCAAGGUACCGGCAGAAUUGAAACCAUCUAUUCGUAGACAAAAAAGUCAAGCUACGAUACAGCCUAAGAAAAAACAGAAAACUGUUGAUAUAGAAUCAAAGUUACAAGAAUUAGAAAAAAAGGAGACUAAUCAACAAGGUGAUGUACAGGAAGAAGAAGAAGACAAGGCUGAUGAAGAAGCAGAAGAGAAAGAAACGGAUGAAGUGGUAGAAGACGAGGAAGAAGAAUUAGAUGAGGAAAUGGAUGAAGGAACUGAUUAUGUAAAUAGUUACUUUGAUAAUGGAGAAGGUUAUGACGACGAAGAAGACAAUAUGGAUGAUGGACCUAUCUAUUAAAAUUUAUCCUUAGAGUAUCUAAAAAUUCGAUUUCUAAAAAUUUUUAGCCAUAUGUUUGUGCAGUGCCUCUAUUGCAGAGUUGUAUAUAUAAUUUAAUGCAAUUAAAUUUCUUAUACAACAGUACAAAUACAUAUAUUAUGUAUUAAAAGUUUGUAUAAACGACUAAUUUAUAUUGUUAAUAUACUUACCUCGUUUGCAUUUAAUUAAUACCAUUGACAAACAAGUAACUAUGCUCUCUAUAUUUAUUAUUUUUUAUUUUUAUCAGCUCAAAACGUAUAAAUUAUUCAAGCUAUUGGUUAAAGAGGAUUGUAUUUUUUACUAAAGAAAAACAAUAAGGAUAUAAUAUUUUAAACGCAGGAGAGAUAAAGAAAUAUGUUCUUUCAAAGGUAAUUUUUAAACAUAAUGAUGAUCGUAAUUUCGUUGAAGUCCAGGGGAAAAGAAUGUGAUAAGCUUAUUUAUUUUAGCGAAAUUUUACACAACAAUUAACAACCAAAAUGUUUUUUUUUUUAUUUUAUAGUAUCGAUUAAAAUUCUGCGGUUCCCUCCUGUACGUUCGCCGAUUUAUUCCAAAGGCCCGUAAUUUUCGACUAUGUACCGAAAUGGUUGGACCACCAUCGGUACAGAGAAAAUAUAAAGUAAGAAUGCAGAUUGAUCAGCAAAUCUUAAGAUAUAUUUAAAGAUUAGAAAGGGUCGAACAGUCGUGUUUUUCCGUGUGGAUUUAAAGCGCGCAUCGAGAUUCUUUCUAUUGUACAAAAAAUUAGAACGUUGUACAUACAUACACACAUAUAUAUAUAUACAUACACAUGUAUAUAUGAUUUUCGAACAGAAUUCACUAAAUUAUCUUAUGAAUGAAAUAAUUUUGCUUUCGUACUUCGACGAGUGAUCGAAAUGCCAUUUAAUUUUGCACGUCCGCUUCUUCUUACCGCUUAAAAAAUCUUAAAGCGUAUAAAAAAAAUUCUUGCGACCGUGUAAUUGUUUUUCAUUUUGUAUUUUUUUUUUUUCCGUUCGGAUAAACAAUUGCAUUCGAUUUAGCCAGCGAAUAAUUUAUCUUUCAUUAACCGUUCGAGCUCUGUACGGAAGCGUAGUGGGGCUUACGUCGAUGCAAAUUUUUUCUCUACUUUUUUAAUUGUGUGAUUUAUAACACAUAUAUUCCGUAUAACGCUACAUCUGCAUACUCGAUUAUUCACAGCCUAUGUUUCAAUGGGAAAACGUAUCGGUGUAUUAAUGCACUGACACGGUAUUCGCAUAAAAAAAAUUAAUAUUAAAAAAAAGAUUACAAGACAUAGAAUACAAUCCAACCGAAUUACAUUAGAAAUAAGUAAACGUAUAAACGUAUUUUGUAUAACGCAUCUCGUAUCGUUUUCUUCUUCUUUUUUUUUUUUUCUUUUGGUAAGAAAGUUUAUUACUCGCGGGACGAGUAUUGAAAAAUGUAUAAUGGUCUGUCGUCGUUGUGUGUCCCGUCUAUACGAAAUCUUUAUGCACGAUCACUUAACGUCGUAGGCACGGGGAAAUAUUCAAGGAAUAUUGGAACUCUCUAUGAGACAUACUUGCUAACAUCGUAACACGAUUUCGUGUAACAGAGAAAGCGUAAAUCGUGUGAAAAUGAAAGCAUCGAAGUCGUUCUUAUUUUUCUUUUUUUUCUCCAAUUAUAAUGACGAACACUGGACGUUUGAACACAUGAUCCCCAAGAGUGUUUAUCAACAAAGUGGUAAAGUUUCUCUCAAGAGCUAUAGCUCGAAACUGAAUAAUAUGUAUAAGAAAUUUGUUUAUAACUCGCUAGCUUUAACAAUAAAAGAUUCAGCCCGCACUCGCUGAAUUUUAAUUGGCA